AUGAUUCUAGCAAUUUUUUUGUUCAGAUUAAUUGUUACUGAGGCUGCAGUCAAUGUAGGUGGUGGCAUUGGCGUCGGAGUUGGUGGUGGCGGUGGCAUUAGCGUGGGUGGAGGUAUCAACACCAGUCCAGACACUCCCUCAGCCGGUGCACCACAGGUGUCGAAACUCAAUGCUGCAUACACUGCUCUUCAGACCUGGAAAUCUGCAAUUACUGAUGAUCCAAAUGGGAUUUUGAGAACAUGGGUGGGCUCAAAUGUGUGUACUUAUAAAGGGGUUUUUUGUGCAGAUUCUCAAGAUUCAACUGGCCCAGUUGUGGCAGCAAUAGAUCUGAACCAUGCAAAUCUUCAAGGAGUUCUGGUUAAACAACUCUCUGAACUUGCUGGCUUAUCUCUUAUUCAUCUCAACAGUAACAGAUUCAGUGGCACUGUACCUGAAUCUUUCAAAGAAUUCUCAUUUCUCACUGAGUUAGAUCUCAGCAACAACAAAUUUUCGGGGCCUUUUCCUGUUACAGUUCUUUACAUUCCAAAUCUGAAGUAUUUAGACCUCAGAUUCAACAGUUUUUCAGGGUCCAUUCCUGAUUAUCUCUUCAACAAACAACUUGAUGCAAUUUUGUUGAACAACAAUCAGUUCGAUUCAGAGCUUCCUCAGAAUUUAGGUAACUCUCCAGCUUCUGUUAUCAAUUUGGCUAACAACAAAUUCAGUGGGAACCUUCCUUUCAGUUUAGGCUAUAUGGGAUCUCGAGUAAAGGAAAUCUUGUUCCUCAAUAAUCAACUCUCAGGUUGCAUCCCAGAAGGGGUUGGAUUAUGGAGUGAUUUACAAGUUCUUGAUAUGCAAAGACCUGAACCAGAUUGUUCUAUGAUUCCAGGGGAUGGACUCAGUUGCCUUAGAAUCCCUGCAAAGCCUUUGGUUUGUGGGGCACAUCAGACCACAACUCCAAGUCCAUGA